AUGCGAUUCUUCCACAACACGAGCAACACAUGGCUCACCGAAAUGGCCGAGUCUUACGUGAAGCCAACGUCGGCCUGCAGUCAGCCGUGCUCUUCGGGUCAGUACAGGCAAUACCACGAGUCCAACACGUGUUGCUGGCACUGCACCGCCUGUUUCAUCGACGAGUACGUCUUCAACGAGACCUACUGUAUGCAGUGUCCCAAAGGGUUUGUCCCAAACGAGACCAAAACGGGCUGCAAUAAGUUGCCCAUUGAGUACAUGCAAUGGGACAGUCCGUGGACUAUAGUGCCCGCUUCGUUCGCCUCGUUGGGAAUCGUGGCCACACUCUUCACGAUCGCCGUAUUCUUCCGGUUCAACGACACGCCCAUAAUCAUGGCCUCCGGCCGUGAGUUGUGUUACAUACUGUUGUCGGGAAUAAUGCUGUGUUAUGUCAUAAGUUUCGUGAUUCUGGCCAAACCGACGCUCAUCACGUGCUCCAUCACCCGAAUCGGGCUGAGUCUCGGGCUAUGCAUAUGCUAUUCGGCGAUUCUGACCAAAACGAACCGCAUAUCACGUAUAUUCAAUCGGGGCAUCAAGAAUGGCAUGAAGAGGCCCUCCUAUACCAGUCCCCGAUCGCAGAUAAUUAUAUGCAUUUGUUUGGUUAGCGUUCAGUUAGUGUUCAUAAUCGCGUGGAUCAUCCGCGACCCGCCCUCCGUCAAGGAAGUCAUCUAUAGUCAGGCCUAUCGACAGUUUUCUGUCCUCCAGUGCGGUAUAUCGAGCGCAUCGAUGGGCGUAUCGCUCGUCUAUAAUAAACUGUUGAUCAUUAUGUGCACCACAUAUGCAUUCAAGACCAGAAAAAUACCCGAGAAUUUCAAUGAAGCCAAGUAUAUUGGUUUUACCAUGUAUUCCACUUGUAUUGUUUGGUUGGCAUUCAUUCCCAUCUAUUUUGGUACAAAUAAUGAUUUCAAAAUCCAAAUCGGCAGCCUUUGUAUGUGCAUAUCGAUCAGCGCUACGGUAGCUCUCGGGUGUCUAUUUGUGCCCAAACUAUACAUAUGCUUAUUUCAAAGCUACAAAAACGUGCGCCACGUGCCCGGGGCUACCAAUACACAGCAGAGCAACUCCACGUCGGGUGUGUUGCGGUUCGCUCGGCCCACCUGUUCGGCCAUAAUCGGCGCCACAGCUAUGGUCAGCGCCCAUCACUGCGCGCCUAUGAUUGUGAUACCGGAGCCCUCGUCGGGCGACAUGAAGACCACGUCGACCACAAACGGCGAGUGGACGUCGCCCUCGGCUGAGGAGAGCGCCGAUGAGAAGGAGGAGAAAGAGAAAUACAUUUGAUUCCCAAUGCAUAUAAUCCGUGCGGA